UACAUUAAAUAUGUGCUUUAAGGUUCUGAAUAUAUACAUGAAAGUUUAAAUAUAGCUGCAAAUAAUGUCAAAUAUUGCAACUGCAAGAAUUCAACGAGAAUUUAAAGAAUUUAUACGCAGUGAAGAAGUUUCAAAGAAUAACAUCAAAUUAGAGUUAGUCGAUGGUGCAAGUUUUACUAAAUUAAAAGGUGAAAUUGUUGGUCCACCAGACACACCAUAUGAAAAUGGAAGGUUCAAGCUGGAUAUAAACAUUUCAGAGUUGUACCCAUUUCAUCCUCCCAAAAUUAAGUUCUUAACAAAAAUAUGGCAUCCUAAUAUCAGUUCUGUUACUGGUGCAAUAUGUUUAGAUGUUUUAAAAGAUCAAUGGGCAGCAGCAAUGACAUUAAGAACAGUUUUGUUAUCAAUCCAGUCAUUGCUUGCUUCUCCUGAGCCUGACGAUCCGCAAGACGCAGUUGUUGCUCAACAGUACAAAGAACAACACGAGGUAUUUUUAAAGACUGCAAAACAUUGGACUAUUACUUAUGCUAAUGGUAGUAAUGAAUUAGAUAAUGAUUGUCAAAUGAAACUUCAACAGUUGUUAGAUAUGGGAUUUGAUAAAGAAAAUAGCACAAUAGCCUUGUCAACACAUGGUUGGUUAAUAGAAAAAGCAGUUGAGGCAUUGUCAGGAUUAGGAUUGGGUAACAGAUCAAAAAAUGUCAAAGAAGAUUUGGCAAGGUUGUCUGCUGAACUAAAAAAUUUUUAUCUUAAUGGGGAAAUUAGCAAACUUCAGCCACCAUUUAAUGUACCUGUAAAAGUUGACUUAAUACAUAAAUAUGUUGAUCUAUGUAUUGUUGAUGCAGAGAAACCUCAAAUGGAUGCUGAUUUUAUUAUUGAACGAAAGAAAUUUCUUGAAAAGCAAAUGAGUUAUACACCAACUCCAUACAGUGACAUAUUUAUGAACGAAAAAUCUGUAAUGUUAAUAUCUGGAAUAGCUGGUAUUGGUAAAACAUGGUUUCUUAGAAAGUGUUUGCUCAAUUGGUCGAAUAAUUUGAUUUGGAAUAACGUUGAACUUGUUUUUUAUUUGGAAUGCAGGAGGCUUAAUCAAUAUCAAAAUAUUUUUAAUAUUAAUGAAUUAAUAAAUGUUUUCUACAAAGAUAUUAUAAAUGAUUUUGAUAUUAGUAAGCAUACUGCAUUGUUUAUAAUUGAUGGAUUAGAUGAAUUUAAAUAUAUAAAUGAAUUACUAAAUCCAAGUUCAUGUUGUACCUAUCCGAUUGUCAAUGCUUUAGCAGAAGUUCAAAAUUAUAAACAUGUAGUUGCUGGUAGAGUUUAUGCAAUUGAUCAAUACCAAAAUAUUUAUACAAAGAAAAAUCAUAAAUUAACAAUUCAAAUAAUGGGAUUUAAUGAAAAUGGAAUAAAUAAUUAUGUAGAAAAUCAUGUUAAUGAAGAAAAAAAAGAAGUUGUAAAAAGAACUUUGAAAGAAUCUCCAAUAGCAAAAGCUAUGGCAUCUGUUCCAUUUUAUUUAUCUUCAAUGUGUGAAAUUAUUAGCGAUUCAAACAAAAUAUAUACUUCUUUCUCAACAAUGACAGAUUUGUAUGCAAAUGUAUUUUUAUACUUUUUGCAAAAACACAUAAUCAAAAAUAAUGGGUUGGUAUAUCAAAUGAUGGAAAAUGAAAAAAAUAAGAAAUAUGUUUUAAACAUUUGUAGAAUAGCUUUUGAAUUGUUUGUUAAAAAUAAAUUUACUUUAUCGAAGAUGGAAUUUUUAUCAUUUAUUAAUGACAUUGAUGGAGUUGAGGAAAGUUAUUUUGGGCUUAUUGAAAAGGUUAAAACAAAUACAGGUUGUUAUUAUCAAUUUGCACAUUUGGCAAUAUUGGAGUUUUGUACAUCUGUGUAUGCAUAUAAUUGUUUAAGUAGUGAAGAGAUUAUGGCAAAUGAAACACUAAAGAGUUGUUUAUCAAUGAUUUGUGGUUUAGCCAAUAAAAACCAAAAUAGUUUAUUAAAGUUUCUUGUUAACCUGAAUCCUUUAAAAAAAUCUAAUGAAGAAUCUUUACCUGUGUUAUCUAUUUUUGAUCGUCUAUUAUGCGAAAAUUUUAAAAGUCAUGACAAUAACUUAUUCAUUGAAUGUUUUUAUGAAAGUCAGUCAUCAUUUACUAAUAAAAUUAAAUCCAUCGUCACUAAACGAAAAUGGUGCAUUUUGAUUGACGAUAAAAAAACUACUUACGCAACUUCUUGCGAAAAUUAUUUCCUAAAUCUCUACAUAAAAUCUAGAGGAAAGUUAGCGUGGUUAGAAGUUGAUAAAAAUGUUUUACGUGAUGAAGAAAGAAAUCUUAUAAUUAAAUGUUCAACUAAUGUUCGUAAUGUCAAAUUUCAUCGUCCAAUUCAAUUCGAAAGAUGGAAACCGAAAAAGAAGAUUCAAUGGUUAUUGGUGCACAUUUCAAAUUAUAUAAUAACGAAAAGUGAUUUUAAAGAAAACUUUCUCCCAUGGAUCAAUCUCUGUAAAGGAUUAGAACUUUUUCUUCACGACGAUAUCGACUUUAUUGAUGAUAUUUUUGAAUGGAUUCGCUGUUCGAAUAUCAAGGAGUUUUUGGUAGAGUACCGUGGAAAAUAUUUCGUUACCUCAAUAAAUUAAAAAACUUGUGUUAUUUAACUAAAUAACUUUAUGUUUACUUAAGUAAGAAAUUUACUAAAUAAAAUUUUUAUAAUUAAAAUUAAUAAUCUGUAUAUAUAUUUUUAAUAUUUUAUGUAGGAUAAGAAAAGGAUAUAUUUUAGCAGGAGAAUACCCCUCUAAAAGACACCUAAAGCUAUUUAUUUGUUUAGAUAUUUGGGUAUC